AUUAAUAAGAUCUAAUAAGAUCGAGUAAUUUACCCUCUUAUUGGAGGCUCGAGCUCGGCCUGUUCAGCUUCAGUUCAUCUGCUUCUCCUAAAGCAGCUUUUUUCUACAGUAAGCGAGAAUUUGCCGUGAUGCUGCUCUGAGCUCCGGGACCCGCAGCACUGGAGGAGCGCUGAGGAGAGCAGCCGCAGCUCCGCUGACCUGGAUGCGGAGGGGAAACAGGCCGCUGCUCGCUUUUGUACCGCCGGGUUUUGUCUUUUUUAUGGGAAUACGUUCAUGACAGUGGAGGGCCGGGGUUUUCUGCAGCUCGUUUUUGAGCUUUAAAGAGUCUGAGUAUCGUUUGGUUUAACGCUCAGCUAAAUGGGACGAACGGCGGAUGAAGCUACAGAUAUUAGUUAGCCCGUUAGCUCAGGUAGCAGUUAGCUGUUGUUGGGGGCUGUCCUGGCAGUGCUAGGUUAGCUGUUAGCUCGCAGACUGAAGCAUGAUUCUUUUGCGAAAUUAAUCUUUUUUGCUGGAUGAAUAUUCCUUAUUUUAACUUUCUAAACUGGCCUUUUACGGUUUAACCCAGUAGUCGGCCGUUUUUUUGUGUCAGAAGAUGUAUAAAUUGUAAAAUAAUAAUUUCUCAGCCUGUUAGCUAGCUAUGGUUAGCUCGCUGGCUAAGUAACGGUCAGCAAACAAGGCAGUGCUUUGGUUUGGUUGUCAAGUGAUGUUUUGAUACAUUAGCACGUUUUUUUACCUGACGGAAAUUUGUCUAAUUUAGCUAGUUCGCUGAGUAAAUAGCCAAAUAACUGACAAGCAAGCUAGCUAGCUGAGAUUUUAGUCGGAGCUGGGCAUUCACAGCCCUUUUUAUGAAGAAGGGGAGAAGGGAUGACAGUGAGGAUCUGUCAGUCUAUCUGGACGCUCUCCUCAGUCUCAUGAACAGUGCUGAUUAUGGGGCUUUUGGUGUUUGAUCCUCUUUUUGGUACAUAACACUGAAUGGUUCCCAAGGACUGACCUACAGGGGUAGCGAGCUAGAUAUCCGCUUAUAAAGACAACCAACGAACCCUUCAUGCAACAGAAACCCAACCCCUGAAAUCUCGAACCGGUUGGGCAAAAUAGCUAAGAGGAAAAAUGGCUCAAGAGGCGUUUCCUUUACAUUAUCUGGUGUGGAACAAUCAGUACCUGGAGCUCGAUAGAGAACUGAAGAAAACGCAGGAGGUGGAGGGCUUGGACCCUCGUGGGCGAACACCGCUGGAGCUGGCUGUUUGCCUCGGUCACCUGGAGUCUGCAAGGGUGCUACUAAGACACAAUGCUGACCCCACGCACUGCAACGCCCAGGGCUGGACAGUUUUGCAGGAAGCGGUCAGCACAGGAGACCCUGAACUGGUCCAGCUGGUCCUCCAGUACAGAGACUUCAAAAGAGCCACUGAGAGACUGGCAGGGAUUCCAGAGCUUCUCAGCAAAUUGAGACAGGCACGGGAUUUCUAUGUGGAGAUGAAAUGGGAGUUUACAAGCUGGGUGCCUCUGGUGUCUAAAGUGUGUCCGAGUGAUGUGUAUCGCGUAUGGAAGAGUGGUUCAUGUUUGCGAGUGGACACUACGCUCCUGGGCUUUGAGCAUAUGACCUGGCUUAAGGGCCGCCGCAGCUACAUAUUCAAGGGUGGAGAUGGUGGAGCUAUGGUGAUGGAAGUGGACCAUGAGAAGCAGGUGGUGUACACAGAGCCACUGUCAUUAUCGCCACGUGAUGCUCCUUCACUCCUUGCAGCUAUGUUGCCCUCACAGGAGAACACAGCACAGAGACUCACUUCUCCCAUUGUUUCCACACACCUAAACACACGCAACAUUGCCUUCGAGAGGAACAAAUCUGGAAUUUGGGGAUGGCGCUCUGAGAAAACAGAAGUGGUCAGUGGAUAUGAAGCAAAAGUUUACAGUGCUAGUAAUGUGGAGCUGGUCACACGCUCUCGUACUGAACACCUCUCUGAUCAGGACAAGUCCAGGUGCAAAGGAUCCAGAACCCCUCUUCAGUCUUUUCUUGGAAUUGCAGAGCAGCAUGUUUCGAACAACGGGAGUCAGGUGUCCCAGUGUGCCAGCCCUCACAACCCAACAGCCAUCACAGCAGAGGAGUACUUUGACCCUGAGUUUAAUUUGAAUGGCAGAGACAUUGGGCGGCCCAUUGAGCUCACCAGCAAAGUUCAAAGGUUUAAGGCCACCCUGUGGUUAAGUGAGGCCCACCCUCUCUCAUUGGCUGAGCAGGUGACUCCCAUUAUUGAUCUCAUGGCUAUCUCCAAUGCUCACUUUGCCAAACUGCGUGAUUUCAUCACUCUGCGCCUACCACCUGGCUUCCCUGUCAAAAUAGAGAUCCCUCUAUUUCAUGUGUUGAAUGCACGAGUGACCUUCAGCAAUCUCUGUGGUUGCGAUGAGCCAGUAAGCUCUGUUACUGUACACUCACCAGAAGGAACUCCUGAUGCAGGUCAGAGUCCUCCUCCUCUGAACUGUGAAGUGGAUCCCUCUGUGUUUGAGCCUCCCCCAGAUUACACAACGCUUGGACCAGGCCGUAGUGAGCCAAUGAGAGAUGAAGAUGAUAACCUCCUACAGUUUGCCAUUCAGCAGAGUCUGCUGGAUGCAGGGACAGAGAGUGACCAGGUGACUAUAUGGGAGGCUCUUACUAACACACGUCCAGUCUCUUCUCAGCCUCCGCUUUAUGAGGAGGAUUCUCAGCUUGAGAGGUGUGUGGCAAUCCAGGAGUCCCUGACUCUGUCAUUGGCUGCAGAAGAGGGAAGGGAAUUGCCUGACCCUGAACAACCGCUUUCAGGUUCACCUGACCCCUCCCUUAACUCACCCCCAGCUUACGGGUCUCUGGAUGAUCCACGGGCGCCAGGGGCGUUUGCUGUGGCAUCCAGCUUUGAUGAGCAGCUGCGCCUGGCUAUGGAGCUGUCCUGCAGAGAACAGGAGGAGCAUGACAGAAAACGAAGAGAAGAAGAGGAGGAGCUUGAAAGGAUACUGCAGCUGUCACUCACCGAGAAGUAAACACAGCAAAAGUAUAGGCAGGUUUUAAAGGGUUAAUUUAUUGGUUGUGCUUUUUUCUGCAAUGUUAAAUUAUUCUUAAAGAUUCAUCCUUCUUUUUUUCCUUUUAUAAAGUAUUUGAAGUGGAACAGAAGAUGUAAGCAAGAGACUAGAGAGAAAGAGAUAUAGACUGAUUAAGAGGUACAGUAUAUAUAUAUAUAUAUAUAUAUAAAUAUAUAUAUAAAUUGAUAAUAGAUUAUGAAGGACAAAUGGUAAACUGAAGACACAACGAAGAAUAAAUACCAUGAAACUAAAAGCAUGGCAAGACAUUGUGAAUAAUGUCCUCUCAACUCCAGUGUCAUCAUUCUGAGUGAAUUAUGUUCGACUUUUAUGUUCAUUAUGUAAUGCUGAUCACGUGAAUAUCAAAUAUUGAUGACUAUGGCAAUGCAAAGUGAUGAAAAUACUAUUGCAUAAAACGAGUUAAAUAUGAUGGCUGAUAACAACAUGGACGUUAUAAUUAAUAAAUGUUCCUGAAACGCUUUCA